AUGGCGGCGCAAUUUUUGGUUAAGCAGGGGAGUCGGUGGAGUGUAGGUAAGGGUACAUCCAUUCGGAUAUGGGGUGACAAGUGGCUGCCCUGUACAACAACUUACCAAGUAGUAUCUCCCAGAAUGUUCUUGAGUUUGGAAACUAAAGUGAGUGAAUUGAUUGAUCAGGAUUCCUCACAAUGGAAGGCACAGGUGAUCGAUGCACUUUUCCUCCCACAUGAGGCAGAGUGUAUUAAAAGUAUACCACUGAGUAUACAGUCACCAGAUGAUAGAAUGAUAUGGGCAGAAAGUGCAAACGGCAUGUUUACUGUUCGUAGUGCAUACAAAUUGGAAGUGAACUUGUCUCGGUCUGCCAAUUAUGGCUUAAGCUCAGAUGAUAGCCAAAUGAAUAAAUUUUGGAAGGUGAUAAACGAUGACUGUUGCAGUGAGUGCCAUGAGGAGCCCGAGACAUCUGGCCACCUGUUUUGGAGCUGUUCGAGGGCUAAAGAGGUAUGGAGUUGCACAAAGAUUCACCUUUGUAUAGCCCCAGAGAAUAUCCACUCUUGCUUUGAUUUAAUGUGGCACAUGAUUAUGGAAGGACCAUAUGAUGAGUCAAAGGUGGCAUUGGUUGUGAAAAUUGCAUGGGCAAUGUGGGGAAAUAGAAAUGAAGUGCGGAAUGGAGGAAAAAAGAAAUCGGGGUGUGAAUUGGUGCAAUGGACUUCACAGUAUCUUAAGGAGUAUUAUACAGCUUUGUUUCGACUAGCCACAGAUACAGAGGUGACAGUAGCGAGGUGGGCACCUCCACCGCCGGAUAGAUAUAAAAUUAAUGUGGAUGGAGUGGUCUUCAAAGCACAGAAAGCAGCAGGUAUUGGAGUCUUAAUUUGGGACUGCCAUGGUCAGGUAAUAGCAGCAUUGAGCAAGAAGAUUAAUGCACCAUUGGGGCCUUUGGAAACUGAGGCAAAGGCUGUAGAAGCAGGACUUCAAUUUGCCAGAGAUAUUGUUGCCACAAUUGUACCGGUGGCAGGGACAGUGGUACCGGUUUUGGCACAUGUGGUGGCACCCAUGGCAGCAAAAUUUGCUAUAGUUAUUGUUGUGAGGGCAAUCUAA